AAUAAAAACAUUUUCAUUUGAGGUUAUGUCUAAUACGUAAACAUAUUUUCGUGUUUUUGUACAUAAACGUAUACUAGAAUUACUUUAUAAAUUAGAACUAUGAAUAAAGAAGAAGUAACAGAUAUUUUUCUGAAAAUAUUAAAAGAAGAGGAAGAUGUAUCAGCAGGAGUGGCUGCUAUUAAAACACUUUUAACUGUAAUAGAAAAUUAUAAAGUAACCACAGUGAGAGAACUUGAUAAGAACCUACAACUGGCGGUGGAAGCGAUGCGACAUUGUGAUCAGCCUGUCACUGCCAUCUCCUCAGGCUGUGAGCUGUUCAUGAGGUUCAUCACAUUUGCCAAACUUGAUGUCAAAUCCUUUGAAGAAUGUGAACAAAUAAUGUUACAGCGAGGUCGCAUUUUCUUAGACCAACUAUUAGAAGCUAGAGGAAAGGUCGCCCAACAAGCAUUGCCAUUUAUUAGUGAUGGAAGUAAAAUAUUAACUCAUUCUCGGUCCAGAGUAGUUUUACAAGCAAUGUUGGAAGCAGCAAAGGCUAAUAAAAGGUUUCAAGUAUUUGUUACAAUGGCCUGUCCAGAGAAUAGUGGAGAGGUAAUGCAUAAGCAACUGGUAUCAGCUGGUGUAGAUGCGACCCUGAUCCUAGACUCUUCAGUGGGGUAUAUUAUGGAACAAGUGGACAUAGUGAUGGUUGGAGCAGAGGGUGUCACAGAGAGUGGAGGAAUUAUUAACAAGAUUGGCACUUACGGACUUGCAAUGGCGGCGCUUGAAUUAAAGAAACCAGUAUAUGUUCUUGCGGAAAGCUUCAAAUUUUCAAGGAUAUACCCACUGAAUCAACAGGACUUGCCCAUCGAGUUUAAGUAUUUAUCAAGUGUUAUAAAUGCUCGUAAAAACCUUUCACAAGAACACCCACUUGUUGAUUAUACGCCACCGGCUUACAUCACGCUGCUGUUCACCGAUUUGGGUAUACUCACACCCUCGGCAGUUAGUGAUGAACUUAUUAAUUUGUAUUUAUAAUUAAUAUAAUAAACUGUAUAUAUAAUUCUGUUACAC